AUGGCGGGCUGCGCGGCGCGGGCUCCGCCGGGCUCCGAGGCGCGUCUCAGCUUCGCCACCUUCCUGCUGGGCGCCUCGGUGCUCGCGCUGCCGCUGCUCACGCGCGCCGGCCUGCAGGGCCGCACCGGGCUGGCGCUCUAUGUGGCCGGGCUCAACGCGCUGCUGCUGCUGCUCUACCGGCCGCCGCGCUACCAGAUAGCCAUCCGAGCUUGCUUUCUGGGUUUCGUGUUCGGCUGCGGGGUGCUGCUGAGUUUUAGCCAGUCUUCUUGGACUCACUUUGGCUGGUAUAUGUGCUCCCUGUCAUUGUUCCACUAUUCCGAAUACUUAGUCACAGCAGUGAACAAUCCCAAAAGUCUGUCCUUGGACUCCUUUCUCCUGAAUCACAGUCUGGAGUACACCGUAGCUGCUCUUUCUUCUUGGAUAGAGUUCACACUUGAAAAUAUCUUCUGGCCAGAGCUGAAGCAGAUCACCUGGCUCAGUGCCACGGGCCUGCUGAUGGUGGUCUUCGGAGAGUGUCUGAGGAAAGCGGCCAUGUUUACAGCUGGUUCCAACUUCAACCACGUGGUGCAGAACGAAAAAUCAGAAACCCACACUCUGGUGACGAGUGGCGUGUAUGCCUGGUUCCGGCACCCUUCUUACGUGGGGUGGUUUUACUGGAGUAUCGGAACCCAGGUGAUGCUGUGCAACCCCGUCUGUGGUGUUGGCUACGCCCUGACCGUGUGGCGAUUCUUCCGCGACCGGACAGAAGAGGAGGAGGUCUCCCUGAUCCACUUUUUCGGAGAGGAGUACCUGGAGUAUAAGAAGCGGGUGCCCACAGGCCUGCCUUUUAUAAAAGGGGUCAAGGUGGAGCUAUGACCCCCGGGGGCCGCGGAGCCGCGGGGUCACCCGCUCCGCGCUGCCCGGGACAGAACGGCCUCUGGUCGGUCACCGCAGAACGGAUUUUCUUAAUCGUUUUAUAUGUCAUCGUGCUCUUCGGGACUGUCACUCAAGACCAGAUGGUCGGAAGGCCACAGGACCAAAGGACCCCACCCCCACCUUCCCGGUGCAGUCUGUUCCGGGCGGAACCAGGAUCGGACGCGGAUUACAGAUGGGCAAGGAGCAGACACCAGCACCGUCAGUGCGCUCAGCUCGGGGCGCCAGGCCGCCGUCCUGCCAGCCUCCGCGUCCCCUCCCUGGACGAGGGCGUGGACUCGUCCCUCCCAGUGAGGCUGUUCCGCAGGCCGCCGGGCCCGCGGGCACCAGCGCCUCCCGGCGGUGGAAGUACAUCGGAAACCCUUCCUUUAAGAAACCUGCGCGCUGCCGGCUUCCACCUCCUGUGCCCUCAGUGCUGAGCCCCCGCUGGUUUCACAGACACGCCCCUUGGGCUCUCCCUGUACGGAACCGCAUUUACACGUCUGCAUUUUCCGGGACGCGGUGUAAAUUCGAAGGGGGCUCCUUGUUCAUAGCCCCAACUUGUAUUUGGCAGAAAGGAAGCAUCGACACCCAGACGACUGGGCGGAGCGGCUUUGUGCUACCAGGGACCCCAGUGGCUUCCCGGGGCUCCUGCCCUUCUCCCCAGUGGGGGCUGUUUUCAGUGACAGGCAGGCCAGAGGGUGUCAUCUUUCCUUUCUGGGAGAAAUGCUCACUGAAUGCCUGCUCUGUGCGAGGCGUUGUGAAACACAGAGACCCCGCUCUCCACUGACUUGGGGUUUCGUUCUUAUUCUACCAGAGCGUACAGUUUUGUGUUUCGAUUUAAAUCUAUUAACUAUUGAGUCCUGUGUUCCGUUCCCGAAAUGUCAUCAUCCCUAAGGCCAUCUCAAACUGUCUUCCAAGGGUUCGAGAGCAUGCACAAGUACAGAAUUCAAGGCGACACAAGUCUUCAAUCAAGCAAAUAAUCCCAGCUGAGAUUUAGUCGUAUUUUUGUGUUUCAAGUUCAGGGAGAGUGUAUGGCUUGAUGAGUCAAACGUGUAAACUGUAGAGACGCUUGUUUAAUCCCGGACCAGACAGGGCCGUGGUCCCAGUGCGGGGUCCUUCUGCGCGGCCCUGCGGUGGCGCUGGGGCACAGACUGAAGGCGGCGAGCCCGGCGGAGCGCAGCCUGCCCCACCCACGCCAGCCACGCGGCUUCCGAGGAGCCACCUACCUUUCCGUGCCUAGACCUCCCCAUCUGUAGAAUGGGGUCAGUACCACCUACCUCACAGGGGUGUUGUGAAGACUUAGAAGGACGACGUCAAACGUUUUUAAUACUUAGAUGAGAGAGGACAUUAACGGGAUCCAUACUGUGUGAGAGGAACACAAAAACGGACUGGUUCACUGUCCCAGACGCCGGAGAUGUGUGUUCACAAGAGCAUUUUACCAACUCAAAAUAGUAUUAAUUUCUAGCUUUCAUGGCCUAAUCAAUCUUUUUGUUGUUAUAUAUACCAAAGAGGUGUGCGGGAUCGUUGAUCGCUGGUGUGAGCACCAGGGAGACCCCAGCGGCGGCCCUCAGGAGGGCCACGCAGUCCGCCUGGCCAGGGCCAGGGCGGGAGCCCUCCCGGGAGGGGUGUCAGCACGCCCUGACUGCGAAUCCAGGUUGGACUGGCUCUAAACGUGUUCCCCAGACCACACUUAGCAAAGUCAGCUCCACUUAGUAGGACUGCAGAAUAGAGGGGGGCCGGCUGCCACCCCAGCUCUUGGAGGGAAACUGCUGCAUUGAGCAGGCUCGGGCCCAGCUUUAAGGACACUUCCCGGGGUCACGAAUUGGCCUUUUUAAUAGCUGGAGAGCAGCGCAUGAGGGCCCUGUGAGUGGGAAGUGUGAGGUGCUGGGUGGGAUGCUGUCUCCCUCCAUCUGCCAGCCGGCCAGGAGCUUGGGAGGCAGGCUUUGUGUUUGGGCUGGACGGUCUGCUCGGCUCCCCAGAGCAGGGGUGGGGGGCGGUGAGCGCGUUCACACCGCGUUCGUAAUCCCAGAAGUCCGCAGCUGCUUAGGGAUGAGAGAUGAACUAUUGAGGGACAGGGUUUGGCGAGUGAUUGACUUUCAUCUCGUAUGAGAUCUUCAGAUUGUUCUUAACCAUAUGAAUUUAGCCGUGAUGCAUCCAGGCCAGAGAAUCCGGUUAACAGGACCGGCUUCCUGGGUGUUCCCCAAGGCUUUCUGGGUAGAGGCCACGUCUCCAGUUCCCUCCAGUUAGAGACUGUCAGGAGGUUUCUCUUCCCAGGACAGGCUUUAAAGUGCAGGCUCUUAAAGGGAACGCAGGCGCAGCACAGAACAAAGCUGGUCCGAAGCCACGCCAGGGGCACACGCGCAGGGAUUCGCAGGAGGGGCGAGCCCGGCAGACGGCGAAAGGCAGCGAGCCCCGUAGCCCGCCUUGGUGUGAGCUGCUUCUGGGGCCGAAAAGUAACCUUGAUCAGUCCCUCCCGCCCACGCAGCGCUCUGGGUGAUAACGUGACAGGAACCAGUCCUCAGCGAGCGCGUCGUAUUACUAGACGAGGCUCGGUGAGGUCUCGGCCACAGCUCAUUUUGGUAGCAGUCCCUCGUCACAGGUACAGUAACCCUGUCCCUUCUCUGCACUUUCUUACUGCCUUAGAUAGCUGCCAUCUCCCACCGAUCUUGCUUCUGUAGUGACUUGGCAAGGGUAGGCGACCUGGGCAUUACCCGAGUGGUGGGCACGCGCUCUGCCCUGCUGUGAGUGCUGGUACCUUGUCCUGGCCCGGGAGGCCGGCCGCAGAGGCGCCUGCUGUCGGGAAGCCGCCCGUGGCUAGGAGAGUAACUUCAUGGAGUAAUUAUUCUACUCUUCUUUUUACAUGCAGAAAUGUUUAUUUAAGUACUUUAAACUGGAUUUUCUUUCCCAGAUACUGAUAUUCUUUCCAAAUCUGAAAUAAAACUAUACUUGAUUUCACUCUGAACCACAGUGUGAUUGUGUGGGCAGUGGAAACUCGCAGGUCAUGUCGCCCGCGGCUGAGCUGGGAGGCCCUGCAGCCUGAGC